CUCAGUGGUUUUGUGAAGAUAUGGCUCAUACACUUAAAUGUGCAUUCUCUCAUAUACUCAUCCUUGUAGGUUCACUCUCGAUAUUACUAGUGACCCCUUCCUCUUGUUUUAGUCUCAAAAAGGUUGUUAAUGUUACUUCAUCUAAUUAUAAUUGGUCACCUUCAGUGGCCACUUGGUAUGGACUUCCCACCGGAGAUGGAAGUGAAGGUGGUGCUUGUGGAUAUGGAAAUGCUGUUGGACAACCUCCAUUAUCUUCAAUGAUAUCAGCCGGAAGCCCUCUCAUCUAUCAAUCGGGCAAAGGCUGUGGUUCUUGUUAUGAGGUGACGUGCAUUGGAAAUCAUGCAUGUUCAGGAAAUCCUGUGACGGUUACUAUUACCGAUGAGUGCCCUGGUACUUGUGGAUCAGAUUCUCCAUAUCAUUUUGAUUUGAGUGGUAGAGCUUUUGGUGCCAUGGCAAUUUCAGGUCAAGAUGGAAAUCUUCGCAAGGUUGGAAAAAUAGUCGUUCAACAUAGAAGAGUUCCAUGCAAUUACAAUGGUGUCUCAAUAGCCUUCCACGUCGACUCUAAAUCUAACCCAUAUUAUUUUGCUACCGCGGUUGAAUAUGAAAAUGGGGAUGGUGAUCUUAAAAAAGUUGAACUUAUGGAAGCAUUUGGCAACACUUGGGUUACAAUGCAACAAUCAUACGGUGCUGUUUGGAAAUAUAAUAAACAGUCACUACUAAGAGCGCCAUUUUCUAUUAGGCUAACCACAAUUGAGUCUGGGAAGAUAUUUGUAGCAAAGAAUGUGAUCCCGGCGGGUUGGAAGCCUGGUCAGACUUAUAGAGCACUUGGAAAUUUUAGUUAAGCUUAAAAUGUAUGUUAAUUACAUUAAUAAUUGGACUAUCAAAUUAUAGUCUUGUAUCUUAAUCAAAUCAAGUCAUUCAAAGUGGACUUUCGAUUAUCUCUCAAUUAAUUUGAAAAUGAAAAAAAAAA